AAGAAGCAAAUAGGGCAGUGACACCGACCGCAUCUGGCAGUGACACCGUGGAAUAGUGACACAGCCUCGCGGUCUUUUGUUCUCCUCUGGUGGAUGAAGAUGUGCAGAGUUUGAAAGAUUCCUUCAAGAUUCCUUUCAGCCUUCUAAUCGGCUGAUAUCCGCUGCUGACGAUCAUUUACUGCUGAGUUUUCACGACAAAUUCAUAAGUUAUUUAUGAGAGACGGAAAGAAAGUACUGGAGAUGGAGACCGAGAGACCAGGAGCAGGUGGAGAUGACGCUCGUGGAACAGAACCAGCUGGGAUCUUGCAUACUUCUCUCCACUCUGAUCCCCUGAGGUCACAGUCUUCUGAAUCUGACCCUGAUGACUGGAGAGAGACCGCUAACACUCAGCUAGAUUCCAACUCUGUUGAGAAUCCAAAGGUUCUCGUCAAAGAGGAGACGGAUGAUGCUGAUCGCAAAUCUCUGAUCUGCUCUCGAUGUGGGAGGAAAUGCCUCACAAAGGCUGGACUGACUAAACACAUGAAAUGCUGCCUUGGACCUUUGACUUGUUCUCUUUGUGGACACCAUUUAGAAACGACAAAGCUACUGACAAACCACAUGAGAAUCCAUUCUGUAGAGAAACCCUUCAUCUGCUCCCAGUGUGGAAAAUGUUUUUCUCAGAAAGGUGGCCUGAAGUUUCAUAUGAGAGGUCACACUGGAGAAAAACCUUUUGUCUGCUCCCAGUGUGGAAAAUGUUUUUCAUCGAAAGGUAGUCUUAAGAUUCACAUGAGCCUUCACACUGCAGAAAAACCCUUCAUUUGCUCUCAGUGUGGGACUGGUUUUAAGACCAAACAAUACCUAGUUGUACACAUGAGACGGCACACUGGAGAAAAACCUUUCAUUUGCUCUCAGUGUGGGAGUUGUUUUGCACAACAACAUAACCUAACUGUGCACAUGAGGCGUCACACUGGAGAAAAACCUUUUAUCUGCUCACAGUGUGGAAAAUGUUUUUUACAGAAAGGUGGCCUGAAGUUUCAUAUGAGAAUUCACACUGGCGAAAAGCCUUUCAUCUGCUCCCAGUGUGGAAAAUGUUUUUCCCAGAAAUGUAGCCUACUGGAUCACAUGAGAGUUCACACUGGGGAAAAACCUUAUAUCUGCUCCCAUUGUGGCAAAUGUUUCUCUCACAAAGCUUGCCUGAGGAGGCACAUGCGAAUACAUACUGGAGAAAAACCUUUCUACUGCUCUCAGUGUGGGAAAUAUUUUUCAGAUAACAGUCGCCUAAAGAGGCACAUGAGAAGUCACACUGGAGAAAAACCUUUCAUCUGCUCCAAGUGUGACAAAAGUUUUACUCAGAAAGCUCACCUAAAGCAACACAUGAGACUUCAUGUUGCUUCUGCCCCCUGUGUGGGAAAAGAGAAGUGACCUGAAUAAAUUUAUGAAAAUCCACUCUGGAGAAAAACCUUGCUCAACUGCUCUUUGGGUGGUCUUUUUUUUUUUUCUCACUAAAAGGAGUCUAAAUACACAAGUGACACAGAUAGCGUUGCAUCUUCUGUCACUUAAAAGAAUGCCAUGCUAGCUAAAGAAUCAUAUGGCUAUGUCAGGUGAGGUAAAUUGUAUUACAAAUGCAUUCUCACUCCCAGCAUGUCAAAAAAACCUUUAUCAAGUGAAUUUCCGUAUCCAAUUGUGGUGUGGAGGUCGACCAGCUGCAUUGCAUUUUCACAAAUUAGAUGCCCAAUUGCUGCACAUUUGCUCCUUCCCCUCUGAAACUUGAUUCUUUCACAGGUGAGUAAAGUAAAUGGUCCAUUGAGGCGCUAUAUACACCAAGUGUCUGCAAGAGGAAUGUUGUUGCUUGUGAUUGUCACCUCUCUGCACAUUUGGCUUCACUAAAAUGCCUGUGUGUCAAUAUGCUAUGUGGAUGGCUGACUUCUCUUACCACAAUCGGUGCAAAAGUCCUCUUGAAAGCAGUUGAAAGCAGCAGAUGAUUUUCCUCUCCCUUCAAUCCUGUACUAUGUUCUGUGAUUAUUUCACUAAUAUAUUUCGGUGUACCUGCUCGGUCGGUCUCCAGCAGGAUUCUCUUUCUGCUUGGUUCCCUUGUGUUGACGUGUUGUCCGGCCAGCAAGUUAUACACUUUUCAGGGCGUAGAGCCAGGAGCAGAAAGAACCAUAACAGUAGUGGGAUGCAGCUUCAGUUUAUUCCAGAUCAGCAUCAGCAUAACAUCGUCUCAGCACCGCUUCACAUGGUUUGCAUCAAGUUAUUCAAAGCACAGACACAUGAAACAGAGACUGGAUGGAGGGCGUUCCUCGUACCAGAUACACAUUAUCACACACACACAUGUCCAUAUUUAGUGUUGUGGGCUGUGAACAGUGGAAAGGAGGCAGCUGUAGUGUAUUUGGAAAGUUGGCUGAACAUUCUGUUUGCACAAAAGUGAAUGUUGUGCCCGAGUAGAUAUCUGUCCAACCUUCCGUUGGUGCUGGGAAAUAAGUGAUCAUUUAAGUAACUGUUGCACACGUCCCGAUGAGACAUAUUCCUCCCUUUGUGAGGCCCACACACCAAAACUUUGCAAGCGAUCCCAUUUUUAUUUUACUGUGAAUAAUGUUGCAGAGCAGUGAGAGUAUAUUGAGUAUAAGUAUAUGACAAUGUUUACUGAGAGAUUAUAUAACUGGAGUUUGAAGUUGAGUUAUUAAUAAAAAUGCUCAGUGUGUUUAAUGUUGUUUUCAUUCAUAAGAAUCUCCACUGCACGCAUUGUUAGCACCCGUCGCAGGAAAAUGUCAGUGAGUUCCCUUGUACUCUUAAUUGCUGACAUGAUGAGGGCUGAACCAAGUUGAAGUUGAAGUAAAACCCCAAUCGCAAACAUUGAUCACAAACCAACGAAAAAUGUAACAAAUGAUUACGCAGUGAUAUAACAAGGAAAACAACCAUAAUGAAAAACACAACAAUGUUGGCAGACAAAUGGUAUUCCUUUUUUUCUUCUCUGGAGGUCUGGGUCUUUUCUUUUGCUGUUGUUAUUGAGCAUUUUUUCCAAUGACUGUAGAUAUAAAAAAUAAUAAUCAAUGUGAACAUUAUUGAUUAUAUGUGAAUAAAUGAGGUGUGCACACAAGGGGAUGUAGCUCAGUGGUAGAGUGCAUGCUUUGCAUGCCUGGUUUCCUAUUGAGGGAUAUCUCUGCCAUCAGAAAACAAAAACAAAAAAUUUUGAAUUCAAAGAACAAAAUUGAAUUCGAAAAACCAAAAAAUUCAGAAGAAUGAUGUUUUGAUGCCCGGUUAUUAAGGUUUGAAUGCAAAAAAAAAAAUAGAAGUAUGACAUUGUAUUUAAAAAAGUUUUCAGAAUUAAUAGUUAGUAAUAUGAAGAGGUUUUUUGGGGGGUUUCAAAUUGUAUUUACGAAUUAAAACGCUUUUUUUCAGAUUUGAAACUUUUUUACAAUUACGAAUCCUUUUUUUUUUUUAUGAGUUCAAAACUGAUGGCACAAAAAUGGGGACGUGCUCUGUGGGCGGAGCCGAAUCAAGACUGACAGCUCUCUGAACCGCGGUUUGAGGUGUGAUGUUUACAGGAAACACGGAUAUUGUGAUGCUGUAAAGACAGUUAAGUUAUAGUCUGACCUGUUUCCUAACACCAAUGGAAUGAUGAACUGUGGUUGGACUUGGUCUCCUUAGGAAGGAAACAGGGACAUCUAUCAUUUGUAACGUCCCAGCCAAGCGUCCUGGACUCGGGAAAUCAUACAACACUUUCAGUGAUCGGACAUUCUAGUGUGGUCAUGUGUUUGUGUGUAAUGUUGUGUAUUGGAUUCGAGGGGAGCCCUCGGUCCAGUCUAUAUUUAAUGUCUCUAUACUUUGACUUCUUUGAUGCUGACCAUUGACAACUAGAUGCUGAUGCUG